UGAAAACUUGAGGCCAUUACUCCUAUUUUUUCAUUUUUAUCAAACAAAAUUGCUUUGUUUACAUUCUAUAUUGUGACGUUGAACAGACUACAGUAUCCAUCAUUGAAGUAGAGUAUGGAAUUUGCUUAGUACAAGGAAAAGAAACAAAACAAGACCACUGGAACAGUUAGUUCAUGAAUAAUAAUGAAAGUAGUAGGUCUAAUUAGCGGCGGAAAAGAUAGCUGCUAUAAUUUAAUGCAUUGUGUGUCUCUAGGACACGAAGUUAUAGCAUUGGGAAAUCUAUACCCUGCAGGAGGAAAAGAUGAGAUUGAUUCGUUUAUGUAUCAAUGCGUGGGUCACGAUAUAAUUCCUUUGUAUGCUGAGUGUUUAAAUUUGCCUUUGUACAGAGAAGAAAUUCGAGGUAGUAGUAUUGAUCAGAAUCUAGACUAUACUUACAUUAUCAAUGAUGAAACGGAAGAUUUAUAUCGCCUGUUGAAGCGCGUGCUCGAAUGUCAUCCUGACUUGGAAGCCGUCUCUACAGGAGCUAUUUUGUCUACUUAUCAAAGAACUCGCGUUGAACAUGUAUGUAAACGUCUAGGUCUUAUUAGCCUUUCGUAUCUAUGGCAAAUGGAGCAAACUAAAUUAUUGAACGACAUGAUCCAAUCUGGUUUACAAGCAGUUUUGAUAAAGGUCGCCGCUAUUGGAUUAACCAGAAAAGAUUUGAACCACAGUUUAGGAGAAAUGCAGCAAAAACUCUUGUCUUUAAAAAAUAAGUUUGAUUUGCAUCCAUGUGGUGAGGGCGGCGAAUACGAAACAUUGGUCUUGGACUGUCCGUUAUUCCAAAAGAAAAUCGUUUUGUCAGACACCCAUAUAGUGGAGCACUCUUCUGGAGAAGUUUGUUACUUAAAAGCACUAGCUCAUGUGGAGGAAAAGCCUGAUUGGAAACCUGUCCCAUUAAGCACACCUUUGGUCCCUAAGGAAAAUCUUUUAGAAGACUAUUUCCAGUCAAUCUAUGAAAAGUUAUUGAAUGAUUACGAAGAAUAUGAUGACUAUGAAGAAGAACCUGUUCAACCUGUUCCUAUUCCAAUCCGAGAGCAUAUCUUUAAACAGAAAAAGGGUCCUUUUCUUGUUAUGGGAAAUGUUAUUCCAGAAAGUAGAAAAUUUAACUCCUUUACGGAAGAGGCGGAUAGUCUUUUUAAAAAAUUAGAAGGUCUUCUAGCUGAACAUUCCUACACUACUAAAGAUGUUUGCUUCAUUAUUAUCACGGUCUCCUCUAUGAGCCUUUUUCCAAGCUUAAAUGAGGUUUACCAAAAAUACUUUAACUUUAUCAAUCCACCAAGUCGUUCUUGUAUCGCUUCCUCCAUGAGCAAUGACCAUCAAAUUACUCUUUCUUGUAUUGCAGCGGACCCUGCGGAAAAGAGAACCCUUCAUAUUCAAGGCCAGAGCUAUUGGGCUCCUGCAAAUAUAGGUCCUUAUUCACAAUCCAAUUCAAUUCAUGGGGUCACGUUCAUUUCGGGACAAAUAGGAUUAAUGCCUUCUAUUAUGGAUUUGCAGCCUCAAGACACGGUUUUAGAGGCCGUUUUGUCACUCCAGCAUGCUGAGCGUAUCGCUACUGCAAUGAAAGCUAGCCAUUAUGUUACUUGUUUGGCUUACAUUAAAGACUCGAGGGAUGCUUCUUUAAUAAAUAAGAUCUGGUCUGACUUUGCAGAACUGAAAAACAUAGAAUGUCCUCUUGCAAUUGCUCUUGUGAAAGAAUUACCUCGAGAUGCCUCUGUUGAAUGGCAACUUCUAUGUUGCAGCGGAUCAGAAGACGAACCUGCUCCUCUGAGUGCAAUAAUUACGAACAAAACUUUGAUCGGAUCUGAUGCCGCCUGGACGACAGCGUUGCUUGACAAAAAGGGUUUGCAGUUAGAAUCCUCGUUCGUUCAUCACCAGUAUCCCGUCUUAUACUCCCUCGUACUAAACUCUCCUUCAUCUUCUAAACUUUUGCAAAUAAGGUUUAGAAAUCGUUUUCCUGAAAAUGCGUAACUGCUUAACUGUUCCAAACGCCUUGCUUUUGAUGAAUUUGUUUUCAUGAACACUGUAUAGUAUUUCCGUUUCGGUUAGGGAAUUUCUUUUUGUUUCAGGGUGAUGUUCAACUCUAUUCCUUCAUUUGAAAAAUUAAUAAAUUACAAAUAGUUUUUUUUGCGUAUUGUUUUAACGCGUUUCCUUCAUUUAUGAAUUAUGAAUACUACAGAACAGGCUACUACAAACAAGUUAAACCCAAAAUAAGAAUUUUGUAUUGCUU